CAGGGAUCUGCAGUCUCUCCCCUGCCCUAUUCUUGGCUUUCCCCACUCCUAUUUUGCUCUCCUUCACCAUCAUACGUCUACAUUUUCUGCAAUGCUUCAAAACAGGCAGCUUUGAAAUUCCAAUCACCUUUUCAUUUUUAAACUUUUUUUCCCCAACUUUUUUCGAUAUAUUCAACCUGUGGAUUAUAUUGGUACAAAUAAGGGGCACUACCUUCAUUGAUACGGUCACAAUUUCCUUAAAUCAGUGGAUUCCAAUUCGAUUUGAAAGACAUUGCUAACCUCUUGAAUAAAAGCUUUCAUAUCAACAUGCCUGAAGCAGCCCCUGAAGGUGCAGCGGUGGAGUCCAUCUCAGCUGCUGUAGCCGAUGGGCUGAAUGGGAACGUGGUGCCCCCAACAUCCCCUCCUAAGGCCCAAGGGUUUGGAAUAUACAAGAAACUAACCUUUUCUGUAGAGUUAGUGGUGACUAUCGGCCUCCUUCUCUCCUGGAUUACUGCAGGCUUCAUGAUGUUUGACGUUGUAGAAUAUAAAGGGGUCACUGACAUUCAAGAUGUAGUUUUGGAUCCCAUGAAAGCUGUUAAUGAUGCUGUAGAGGGAAUGUCCAACAUGUUCUAUGAGGCUCAAGAAUGUGCAUUUGCUCCUCAUUUGAGUCUGGACCACAUGAAUGCUGUCAAAGAUGUAAAAGAUUUAUUUGUGGACUUCCUCUCUGAUGAUGACGGAAACUUUUACCUGAGCUACGUUGACCCGGUGAUUAUUGGCAGACGUGUGUUCAAUGUCACCAACAACUCUAUAUGUGAAGUCGUGGGUUACAUACAAGGCACACUCUGUGUUCUAUUGGAUGCCAUAUUGGAUAUCCUGCAGGCCCUUCUCCAUGCAGUGAGCAUCAAUCCAGUCGACGUAGUGCAUGUUAUCACUGACUGUACAAGUUCUACUGGAACCUACAUACGGGACCUGCUGCCAGGUAUCCCUCAAGAAGUGAACGUCGAUCCCAUGCUGGUUCUCAGAAGAAUGUUUGGGAUUGUCGUUGAGCAGAAGAACAUGCUUGUGGACUAUGUCUCCAACUUGCUAAUAGGCGAUCAAGGGGUCAUUCCUGAGAUGAACUUUGACCCUAUGAAAGUGGUCUCAGAUGCAGUGCUUGAGAUUGCAGAUGGGAAAAACAUGUUCAUGGAUUAUCUGUCCAACAUGUUUAUGGAUGAUAAAGAUGAACCUAGUACUAUACCAGCAUCUGUGAUGCAUGUGAUAAGGAAGAAAGGAGAGUUUUUGCCACCCCUGGAAAAAGUUGCAGAAUUGAUGGGCACUACAAAGGACGGUGACCCUGCGCCUGAAAUAAGCGCCACUCCAGUUGUGGCGGAGAAGGAUGAGGAUGUCAAAGAGGCUGAAGAAGAGCAAGGAGACAAGGACAGUACUGAUGACAGUUCAGAGGGGGUGAAGAAAUGCACCACCCCUAAAAAUGUGUGGAUCCAAAAACAGAUGCUUAGAGUCGUGGGAUCUAAGGCCCACUUAAGAGCUGGAGAGGCACUUCCUAAGGAUAUGGAUGAAGACCGACAAGAUUGUGAUGUUGAAGAGCUUGACCAUGAACAAACAUUGGAUGAUGAAGAAAUCAUGGAUGUUAGCACGGAGGGGGGGAAAGAAGAGGAGGUGAAAGAGAAGGAUCAUCAAAUAGAGUUAGAUGAGGAGGAGGAGGGUGAUACCCAUGAGGUUGACGCCAAAGAUCAAGGUGUUGAAGAUGAAGGCAUUUACAAUGAAAACAGUUCAGAUGGGGCCAUGACAUACACCACCAAAAGAAAUAUGCAUAUCCAAAAAACGAUGCUUAGAAAAGUGAAAUCUAGGGCCAAUAUUGAAGUUGGUGAGGAACAUCAUGAAUAUGACGGAGAGGAGGAGGCAGAGGAAGACAUUGAUGAUGAGUAUAAACAUGAUGAUCACAGUGACAUUGACACUAAAGAUCAAGUUGUUGUUGAUGAUGACCAUGAAGAAGAUGAAGCUGACGAGGACAAUCAUGACACAGAUGACCUUGAUGUCAAAGAGCAAGAGGUUGAAGAUGGAGAAGACGUUGACCAUGAGGACAGAUCAGAGGGGACCAAGACAUACGCCACCAAAAGAAAUGUGCGGAUCCAAAAACAGAUGGUCAAAAAAGUGGGAUCUAGGGCCAAUAUUGAAGUUGGUGAUGAACAUCAUGAAGAUGAUGGAGAGGAGGAGGAAGAGGAAGACAUUGAUGAUGAGAAUAACAAUGAUGAUCACAGUGACAUUGACACUAAAGAUCAAGUUGUUGUUGAUGAUGAUCAAGAAGAAGAUGAAGCUGAGAAGGUCAAUCCUGAUACAGAUGAUCUUGAUGUCAAAGAUCAAGAGGUUGGAAAUGGAGAAGACAUUGACGAUGAGGACAGUUCAGCGGGGGCCAAGACGUACACCACCAAAAGAAAUGUGCGGAUCCAAAAACAGACGGUUGGAAAAGUGGGAUCUAGGGCCCAUCUAAGAGCUGGAGAGGUACUUCCUGAGGAUAUGGAUAAAGACCAACAAGCCAAAGAGCUACUGCCCCCUUAA